AUGCCCGUCUACCACAUCGUUCUAUUUCGCCUGAAACAAGGCGUCACUCAGGCUCAAUUAAGCGCCUGGGCCGAGAAAACCAAAGGGAUGGUGGGGCAGAUUCCAGGCCUCAGAUCAAUUGAGGCAGGUCAGCCUCUUCCGAUCAGUGUCCCUCGUGCGAAAGGAUUCGAUAUGGGUCUCGUGGCCAUUCUGGACUCCCCAGAGCAUGUUGCUUCGUAUGCGACACAUCCGGCUCACUUGGAGUAA